AGGUUGCCUGACGUUUUUAUUCGUCAGAGGACGAACUGAACAACAUGGACUAUCCAAGCAUUCCAUGCUGUUUGUAGGCUAACGUUUCCUGUCCGGAUCCUCGGCAUGCAUCUUCACUCCAUAGCGAUGAUCAGCAGUCAGCGCUACUGGAUCAGCCUCCAAGCAGUUUCCUAAAGCCUGCGACCUCGUCUUUCUGGCCCAGUUGUUGUUUCUGCAGGGCAUCGUUAUGAAGAGGCUCCUACUCAGUUACGCUAAAGCAGUGACAGGGCUGCAAUAUUUCAGAGGCUUUAGAACAAACAUGAAAUCAGGAUUUCUGCAAGCUAAUGUGGUUAUCCUGCACAAGGACCUCGCAGAUGACUUUGAGGCAUUCUGCCAUGCCAAUCGCAGCCCCCUGCCUUUGCUGUACAGGAGCAAGCCUGGAGAAUGGGGUUGCCCCCCUCUUGCCGCACAAGCGGACAUCAGAGAUGACUGUCCUCAGUACUGUGUGUUUGAGAAGGGGGUGCUGGUCAAUAAAGUGGACAGUUUAGCUCCCUACACCGCUCAGCUGCAGGACAUGGUAACGUUCUAUCUGGGCUGUAGCUUCAGCUUUGAACAAGCUCUGGAGAAAGCCGGUGUCCCGGUGCGGAAUGUGGAGCAGGGCCGAAAUGUCAGCAUGUUUAAGACGUCUGUGCCUUGUGUCAAGGCGGGGCCCUUUCACUGCCCCAUGGUGGUGUCCAUGCGUUCAGUUCCACAGAUCAAGCUGGACGCUGCGGCUCAGUGCACACAUCAAAUCCCACUGGCUCACGGUGGCCCAGUCCACAUAGGACACCCAGCUCUGCUGGGUAUUAAAGAUCUCUCUCAGCCAGACUAUGGGGAUCCAGUGGAGCUAAGUGCUGGGGAUGUGCCUGUGUUCUGGGCCUGUGGGGUUACAGGAGCAGAGGCUGUUCAGAGCACCAAGCCUGCUCUCGCCUUCACCCAUUCACCGGGCUGCAUGUUUCUCACUGACCGAGAAGAGGCCACUGUUUCUCACCAAGCCUCAGAGUCUGAAGAGUGCCCUUUGACCUUCUGCAUUUCCCAGAAUCCCCUGCACUACAGUGUGGCCAGUAAGAUGGCGGUUCAGCGUGUUAGAGCAAUUGAGGAGCUUAUUGGAGAAGAUCCAGGUCAGAGGGGUAUUCAAGCACUGUUUGUGCAAGAUGAGUUGCUGAAGGCCUGUCUGUCUCUGUCCUACUCCUCCUCCGUGCUCAUCACCACUGGCUUCCCCACGCACUACAUGCACAACCCCCCGGAGGAGACAGAUGGACCUCCUGGAGCCAUCGCCAUGGCUGCUAUGCUCCAAGCCCUUAACAAACAUGUGGUCAUGGUGAUUGACCAGAGGGCUCUAGAGAUGAACCAAUGGAUAAUGCAGGAUGCUGUUGACAGAGGUGUCAUAAAAAGUGCAGUGCCUAUGAUGAGCUUUGACAGCAGUGGUCCUGAUUCAGCUCUCCGCUUUCUCUGCCAUGAUGGAGACCCCUCGAAGCCCAGGUAUGACCACUUGGUGGCAAUAGAGCGCAGUGGGAGAGCCUCUGAUGGGAACUACUACAACAUGAGAGGUGUGAACAUCAAGCACUUGGUGGAUCCUAUAGAUGACCUCUUCAUCACAGCCAGUGCUGUCCCAGGCAUCACCACAACAGGUAUUGGAGAUGGCGGUAAUGAGCUGGGUAUGGGGAAGCUGAAGAAGGCAGUAAAGGCUUACAUGCCUAACGGCAGUCUCAUUGCUUGUGAUGUGGCCGCUGACUUUGCCAUCACAGCAGGAGUAUCUAACUGGGGUGGCUAUGCUGUGGCUUGUGCCUUGUACAUCCUCAACCUGUGUUCCAUCCAUCGGCGCUAUGUGCAGAAGGGCUUGGGGCUGCUUCCCACACCUGAACAGCACAGCCUCUGGGCUGCUAGCCUGCCAUCCGUAGCCAAGGAGGAGGAGAUGCUCCAUAUUCUGGUGAAGUACGGGGUCCGCAGCGGAAAAACAGCAAACCUUGGGCUGGAGGUAGAUGGCCUGACCUUUCACCCCACCCACUCUGAUGUGAUACGGCGCCUAAAUGACCUUUCCAUAGAGAAAUUACAGCAAGAAUGAUGUCAACAUCAUCACAGCCUACAUGGGCUUCACCAUAUCCUGUCUAUCCAGCCACUAACAGGCUGUUGUAAUUGUGUAAUCAGAGGUUAAAAGUAAUGAAUUGCCACAUGCUACUCUAGCCUGUAGUGUAUUUGUGUGUAUAAGCAUAGGUUUACUUAAAUUGUUUUAAAAUAAAACUUUCAUUUUCAUUUUAACCAUUAUCACCAUUAUCUCGGCUUUUCCCCACUUGAAUAAAGACAAAAAUUGUUUCUGCUGUUUCAUUUAA